AUGAGUGCUUAACAAAAAAAGCUUCUAGAGCUAAAACAAAAGCAAGGGAUAUCUUCUUUUCAUAGAAGUUCUAACUAAUUGUUACCCUUAAAUUCUCUGAAAACACAGAAAAUAGUUUAAGAAGGAGCAAUAGUAAGAGGAUCUCUUCGAACUUUACCAGAUAUUAAUUCAAGUCCUAAAAUCGAAGCACAAUCAUAGUGGUCAAAACUGUAAUAAAUAUCAUAAUCAUACCGAUCUCCAAAUAGAAAUCUAAUAAUCACAAAUAAAAGAACUUCAAUUUAAAGGAUGUCGAUAACUUCAUAAUUUAAAAACCUAGUUAAAUUUACUAGCUUAUUGUAUGAAUUUAAAUAGAUUAAAGAUAACUUGAUGGUUUGGAUGCUGCAAAGAAUCUAGUUAAAAAUAGUGAUACAGUAGUUUUGAACAUGCAAAAAAGUCAGAAUAUAGACUAUCUUGUGGUUGGACUUGGAGAUAGUCAUGGAAAUUUGAGCAAACAAUUUUCGAAAAUAAUCACUCAUCGUGCAUUAGACUAAAUAGUACAAACCAUCAAUAACAUACCAAUAAUUGGAUUGAGUCUGUCAAUACAUUAAAGUUUCUAAAAUGUCUACUAACAAGUUGAACAAAAUCUAGUAUAUUUACAAUUUAAAACUUUUUAGAUAGAGUAAACGGAUUUCGAUGUAAAGAGCAAUGGCUGUUCAUUAUUAACAAUGAUAAUACUGAAUAAUUCAAUCUAUUGUGCAAAUUUAGGUGAUUCCAAGGCUGCUUUUUUUUAUAAAAAAGAUUCCGAUCCAAGUGGGCCAAAAGAAGUAAGAAAAUUUACAUAGAAAAAUCUAAAUUUUGUUCAUGACACAACAAAUAGUAAGGAAGUGUAAAGGAUACUCAAUAAAGGUGGCAAAAUAGAUUAAACUGUCUAUAAAGGUAGAAAGAGUGGAAGCUUAAAGGUAUGGGCACCAAAACAGAAUUUACCUGGUGUCAAAUUAACUAGAUGUUUUGGAAAUAUGAUUGGCAAAGUUGUUGGAAUAAUCGCUGAGCCAGAAAUAACAGAAUUCAAAGUUCCUAAAUCAGGAUAUUUGUUGAUUGGAUCUACAGGAAUGUGGGAAAUCAUGGAUAUUUUGGUCAUUGAUUAAAUUUUAGAUGCUCAUUUUCCUCCAACUUGCUAGGAGGAUAUUGAUCAGGCAUUAAAAGAGAUUGGUGAUGAAACUAAAAAAUAUUGGGACUAAGAAGGAGAAGGAUUAAUUGAUAUUUCUCUAAUUUUGAUUUAUAUAUAAUUAUGAUUGAC